CUCUGCCUCUUUAUGAGUUAUUAUGUGGUAGACUUUAUCUGAAUUGACUGCAAAUUUAGUACAUUGAGAAGUUAUUAUGAAGAGAUGUUAUAUAGCAAAUCCUUUGCUAAUAUUCCUCAUCUAUACAUGUAAUUGUUUUAUAACCAUAGCUGGAAGACACAAUUGUUGAAUGUGCUUGAAACUUGUUUUGCCAAGUUUUGCUUGCAACUGCAAGUUCAUUUGUGACAUCUUUAGGCUGUAUCUAAAAAUGCUAAAUAAGAUAAUGCUCUAGCCCAUAGUUUGAAAAUUGAAACCUAUGGUACUUUGUUUUAGCUUGUUAAAUAACUUAGUUUGUGCUGAUUUCUUCAGGAAUUGUCUUUAAGAUGAUACAUUUUCUGGCUUGAAAAGCAUUAAAAUUUGUCAUAGUUUGUUAACAGAAUCUUUAUCUAUUUACAUUUGAAUAUAUGUUGUCACUUUUUUGAAUUUUUGUUGGAUGCAUUGGGCCAUUGAUUUCUAGUUCUUUCAGCUGUUUGGGGAAAACAUGAUACGAAUUUCUUUUUGGUGCCUUGGACUUUACGUAUUGAUACUUAUUUGUGGAGUUCUGAUGUAUUUGUGGAAAAUGAAUUGUUAAACUAGUUUAAAACUUAAUCGCAGGUGGGAAUACAUCCACCUGCAUCAGUCUUGUGAUAUUUCCUGGCAAAUAUUUCAAGUGUAACUAUCUCCACAGUGUGUGUGAUGGCUAUGUAACAAAAUGAUGCUUAUCUGUUGAUAGAAUGCAAUGAAUGGAACAUGAUGAUUUCUGAUUCAUUUAUAGUCCUCUGUUAGACUAAGCACAUUGUUGGAUAAACAAUGAGCAAAAUUAGUGAUUUAAUAUCCCCUUCCAACAUCUUUUGCUAUGUUUCAACUCACAGUCAUCUGAAGGAGUUGAAACUUAUUCGAGUCAUAGUUUAGCUUAAUUGCGUACAUGCGUCCUUGCACAUUCAAAUGUAUGCAUCCAGGCAUUGGUAUGUUUGCAUGUAUUCAUUUUAGAAGGUGAGAGUGUAUCACGUAAUAUUCUCUAGCAAAUUUCAUAAUGAGAUGUCUGUUUCCUAUUGGUGCCUACAAGGAUCUUUAACGCAUAUAAUUAAUUAGAAGUGGUACCGUGAAGAGUAAGAUUGAUAUUUAAUGCGCAAAUCUGUAAAGUUAGUCAGAAAAGCAGAUUAAGCAAACUUGAGCAAAUCCAAUGCUUUUAGCCAGGAAACCUUGCGCUAAUUAAACUUGAAACGGCCUAGUACUUUGACCAAGCAAAAGGGCAGCAUACCCUUUCCGCAUUCUGAAGUCUUGUUGUGAACCCUCACCAUCCAAAAUAUUGAUUUAUUUUUGUAAGAUUACAUGUACACAAAUACUCAAGGCCCAAAAGGUUAUUAUCUUCUAUAGUUACCAAUCAAUCUCCUUUUGGUGUGGAUGUGAAAACCUGAAUUACUGUACAUGCAUCUAUUCUUGUUGAGAUUAUUGCUAGAAAAUAAUUGAGACCCAAUCCCAAAGCCAACCACCUCGAAACCCAUUGGCUGCUUUGCCAUUGGCCAGUUGUAGGAAGAACUGGCACUUAUUUCCUCGCCUAUCAUUCAAUUUAUGUGGACCCUUCUUCAUUGACGACGUUAACAAUGUGGUUACUGUAAGCACUUCUUACUGGCUUCCCUUCCUUGCUUUCCCAUAUGAGAGAAUUGCAAUUAAUUCCUUGCCGAUCAAAAGAUGUUCUUUGGAUUUGAAAUCUGGAGUUUUCUCGGUGUUGUUAUCUCCUGAUUCACGAGACCGGUGGUUAUGUGACAUAACAUGGAAGAUAUCUUUCAAGUUUUUGGUGAUAUGAUGAGGAGUGGACCACUUAAUUUUCAAGAGUCACAGGAACCAGUACAAAUUAACCACCAACAAGCUCCAGAUUCCUAUUCAUACGGAAGUUUUUCAUUUAAUCAACAGAAAAUUCCAGAUGCCUUCUCUUUUGGGGUUGAUGGCAUACAACAGUUUGGUCAACCUGUUAUGUUGCUUGACGGCAACAAGGAUGAGGGCAUGAACCAAUUUGCAGGGAAUAAUCAAUCCCCAAAUGGUCAAUGUGGUCCAAAUAGGCUCCCUGAAGGUAGCAUAGAGAAAACUGAACAAGUAUGGCAGAGGAUUCGUUGGACAGACGAGAUGGUUAGGAUUUUGAUUGCUGCUGUUUCUUAUGUUGGGGAUGAUGUUUCAUCAGAUUGUCCAAUAAAAGGCAAGUGGAGAGCUAUUUCCAACAUAAUGGUUGAGAGAGGCUAUACUGUAUCACCUCAGCAAUGUGAGGAUAAGUUCAAUGACCUCAACAAGAAGUUCAAGAGAUUGAAUGAUCUACUUGGCAGAAAUAUUUCAUGUGAUGUUGUUGAGAACCCAGCACUGAUGGAAUCAAUGAAUAUUUCUGAGGAAGCCAAAGAGGAGGUGAGGAAGAUUUUAACUUGUAAGCAAUUGUUUUACCAAGAAAUGUGCUCAUAUCAUAACAAGAAUAGAAAAUUUCUGGCUCAUGAUGUGCCUCUUCAGCAGUCAGUGCAAUCUGCUCUUAAAGGUAAAGCCAAAUGUGAUGAUCAAAAUGUGAUUCUGAGCAUGCCUGCAAAGAGACAGAAACAUGGAGAAGACAACGGAGUUCCCAGCUGGGCUGAUACGCAUCCACCUGGGAAAGAGCUCACUGAUUUGAUUAAUGUCCCCCCUGAGGUCAUCGAGGGACAGCAGGAACUGAGUCAAUGGAUGAUAUCCCGCUCGCUGCAGUUGGAAGAGAAAAAGUUGCAGAUACAGAACCAGAUGUUGGAACUGGAGAAGAGGAAGUUUGAGUGGCUCAAAUUCUGCCAACAGGAAGACAGGGAGCUGCAUAAGAUGAGGCUAGAAAACGAGGUAAUGAAGCUUGAAAACGAGCGUUUGGCAUUUGAGCUCAAGUGCCGAGAAAGGAGUUAUGCUCGGGACUGAAAGAACAUGUCUAUGAUUCCUCCCGUCUUGUAAGCACCAUUGGUUUAGUGGUUAAAUCCUCUGCUAUUCUUUGUAUUUUGCUUUCCAAAUAUGCCAAGCACAGAACAUAUGUUGAACUCUUUUUUCUCUUCUUCUUUCCAGUUGUGGAACUUGAUAGAAUGAUUAUUCAGAAUCAU